AUGAUCCAGAGUCUGGUGGAUAAUGGUACAGAUUUUCAAACUGUUAAAAAGAAACCAGCUAAACGAAGUACAGAUCAACGUGAUGAACUUAUAUCAUUAGCCUGUAAACGUUUGUGCGAACCGCAAAGUGAAGAAUUACAAAUAGCUAAAACAUGGGCGAAUGAAUUAUUAAAAAUGAAUAAAUCUCAACAAAUUUUUGCCAAAAAAGGGAUAGCUGACAUUUUAUUUGAAGGACAAUUGGGUACAUUGAACCGUGAUUCUAUUCAAAUCAAUACUAUUUCAAGCAGAGUGAGUACUCCAUACAGUUAUACACCAGUUCCUACACCAAGUCCGUCUUCGUGGGUUAUGACAAGUGUAGCAGAUCAAAACUACUCUAUUCAAACACAAAUUGAACCAUCUGGAAACAUAGAUACGGCAACUGCGUUUAUCAAUUCAUUUCAACCGUAAUUUUUUUGAUUUUAAUUUUAUUGUUAUUUUGUUCUAUAAAUUUAUAUAUUUACGAUAUUAAUAAUAUCUACUACCUUCUAAUAAUAUUAUUCAUUUAUAAUAAAUAUACUUUGAAUAAAAGCAAUC